AUGGCGUCCCGGUGCCGCCUGGCCGCCCGCUUCCACCCCGUCCACGGCGCCAACGUCCGCCUGGACGCCUCGCGCACGCGGGCCACCCGGGUGGAGAGCUUCGCCAACGGGCUCUGCUUCAGCCAGGAGCCCCUGGCCCCCGGGCAGAUCUUCCUGGUGGAGAUCGAGGAGAAGGAGCUGGGCUGGUGCGGCCACCUGCGCGUGGGGCUGACGGCCCACGACCCCCAGAGCCUGGAGGUGGUCCCCGAGUACUCCCUGCCGGACCUGGUCAACAUGGGGGACACCUGGGUGUUCGCCAUCACCCGCAGCCACAACCGGGUGACGGAGGACGGGGAGGAGGCGCGGGUGCGGGUGCAGGGUUCCCCGUGGGAGCCCUUCCUGCUGAUCGAGCGGGUGAGGAUCCCCCGCGACACGCUGGUGGGGCGCAGCAGGCCCGGGCGCUACAGCCACAUCUUGGAUGACCUCUACAAGAUGAACGUGCUGCCCGCCACCGCCCGCCGCAGCCGCAUCGGCGUGCUCUACGCCCCCCAGCCCGACGGCACCGCCGACAUGCACAUCAUCAUCAAUGGAGAGGACAUGGGGCCGAGCGCCAGGCACCUGCCCACCACCCGCCCGCUCUACGCCGUGGUCGACGUCUUCGCCUCCACCAAGAGCGUCCGGGUCAUCCCAGUGGAUUACGGCUUUCCCUCCCUGCAGACCCUCUGCCGGCUGGUCAUCCAGAAGCACAUUGUCCACCGCGUGGCCAUCGACGGCCUGGACCUGCCCCCGCCGCUGAAGAACUUCUGCAAACAUGAGUGAGGUGUGGAGGGCGCUGCCCCGGGCUGCCCCCCAUGCCCACAGCCCCACCAGCGAUGGCCGGUGGGCUGCCUGGGCAGGAUCCGUACCCCCAGCUGCCCUUUUGGCCUCCCAGGGCCUGCUGGCACAUUGCCCCCUGUGCCCUCACCCCUGGGGUGUCGGUGUGCAUGGCAUGUGCCACCGAGGGGCUGACAUGAGAGCAGGGACAGAGCAUCAGAGGGACUUUCCUCCGUGCAGACGAGCGCGGCAGGGCCAGGGUGUGGGUAGA